UGUUUAAACAGGGUAAUCUCCUUUAGUUAAUGAAGGACAGGCACAGAAGUUAACCAAAUACAUGCUAUUUUUGGAACAGCUGAGUAUUCAAAAUUCAAACUGUGCUACAGCUAAACGGUGUUAUGAAUUCAGCAACAUCAAAGCAGGAGUAACCCUAUUUCUUGGACAAAGAGAGAGCUACUACAUGCCGUUAAGAACUGAACCUUCGCAACACACAAAAUAAAAAGCAAGUUUUAAUUGGUCAUAUGUUCUGUUACUAACCUGUGAGUGUUUGGUUUGGCUUUAACUUGGUCAGUUGGCUCUUUAAAGAGCAACAGCAUAGAAAUGCUUACUUGUCCUAUGAUCUGUACUCUUAAAAUACAUGUUAAUUAAUUCACUUUAAAUGUUAAUGUUAAAAAUUGAUUACUAUACAGAACAUUAUUUAUAAUUUAUAUUUCUUGCUCUCAUCUAAUUUGAUCAAAAUGAUCUUCAAUGCUUAAGCAAUGAAUUUGUGUUGUGUUUUGUGCCUUGGGGGAAACGUAUAGGGAAUAAUAUUUUACAUUGUAUUUAUAAUAUAGUGAUAUAAUCUUAAAGAAGAUGGGACAGUCACCGUGGUUACUGAAAUUCAGUAAAUAAUUUAUUUACAUACACAAUAUGGCUACAUUAAAUGACGUCAUUCUGGAAGUUGGAUACCGAUGGUUCCAUGUGGACAGAUCUGUUCUGGCUGCACACAGUAGAUAUUUUGAAGUCCUGUUCAAUGGUGGGUUUAAAGAAAGCACUCAGCAUCAAAUUCACCUGGAAGGGGUUGAUAAAGAUUGUUUCCAGAUCCUUCUUGAUUUCAUCAACAAAGGUACUUUGGCAAUAAAUACAUGGAAUGUCACCGCAAUUUUAGAAACAGCAGAUUAUCUAGAUUUACAACAAGCUAAGGGUCUCUGUGUGGGAUUCUUAGCACAUGAGCUACGUGUGUCCAACUGCUUGGGCAUGAUGUCCUACGCUCUGCAAUACACCUGCCCUGAGCUUUUUGAUUCAGCUUUAAAUGUGGCUCUUACCCACUUAUCAGAUCUGAUAUAUUAUCAUGAGGAUGAAUUCAAUCAGCUUGAUAAGGAAACCCUUGUGCGACUUCUACAGACAGAUGACCUUUUUGUUUGUAAUGAAGAUGUUGUAUUUGAGGCUGUUAUGAAAUGGGUCAUGGUGGACACAACCAGAGAGAAGGACUUUACAGAACUGAUUGCGCUGGUGAGACCUACAUUUCUUAGCCUCAGCUUUCUUGAUGCCUUAGUCAAGCGAAGCCAAUGGUCAGAACGGCAGGACACAUAUACCAGACUGUUGAAGACUUUAAACACAAAUCAGCCAAAAGCAUGGAACUACAUGAAGGAGAAUAUGACUACAAGCAGAACCUAUGACACGUUGUACGUUCUGGGAGGUAAACAUGAAAAAGACCAGCAGGAUCUAUAUGUUUAUCUUCCGAAGACUUCCACAUGGCGAACAUGCUCACCUCUCCUACGUAAAAAUCUCACUCAGUAUGCUGUGGCAACAGUAGGCCAUCUAGUGAUUGUGACUGGUGGAUAUUUCCGUGGGGACUUUGUAUGGUACAGCAUAGACUGGGUACUCAUUUAUGAUUCUCUGCAAAAUUCAUGGGUGGAUGGACCACCCAUGAAAAUAUCCCGGAACUGUCACUGUGCCGUGGGGAUCGGAGAUCACCUUUAUGCAAUUGGAGGGAGCACAGAUGAAAGUGUUACUGCAGAUGUAGAGAGACUGGAUUUAGCAAAAAUGAAAUGGGAGAGCUGUAGCCCCCUCGUCAGAGCUGUGGAAAGAGCAGCAGCUGCUAGCGCAUGCAUCCAUCUGUAUGUCCUUUGUGGCCGCGACGAGAAUGGAGAUGUGUAUAGUGGGAUGCAGAGGCUUAAUACUGAAACUGACGAGUGGAGUGUGAUCACUUACUCUCCUAUGCCCAGAUAUGAUCUAUGUGCUACGGUUCUUAAUGGAGUCAUAUAUACCAUCGGCGGACAAGCACUUCGGUUUGACCUCAACACAGAAGAGUGGUCAGUGCUUGAUGAGGAAUGUCUCAACCGCAAGUUUUUUAUGGGAUGUGGGUCUGUCAACGGGCGAAUCUACCUCCUAGGCCAGAGAAGGGCAAGCAUUACUCAAGACAUUCCAAGUUUUGUGUUGUUUGACCCAUAUUUGGACAUCUGCCAGGUGAAGGAUGCCAAUAUUCCAUGCCCUUUGCCCAUCCGUGGCUGUGUGACAAUGAGACACUAUGAUGUUUGGCCGUAAGAAUUGAAACGUCCCAGAUAUUGAAGCUCAUUUGCAUUCACACAUUUAAUAUAGCAGUUCAAAGAUUUAGAAUGUGUUGCAGUUGCAUUGUGCUGGAAACAUAGGAGGAAAAUGUUAAGUCUAAAGUAUGUCACCCAUGUGUAUAUUGUAAAAAGCAGCCAUCUUAUCUUCUUUUUCUUAAAAUUCUCUUUAUUAUUAUUCCAAAAACUUACCUUUUCAGACCCAACAUUUUACAGUCUUAUGGAGUAAAUAAGAAUGCUAAACAGUGCUUACUGAUUAAAAUAAGUAAAAAUGCUUAAUCAUAGGAGUAGUCUUUCCCCCAAACUCACAUCAUUAUUAAUCCAACUGAAAAACAAAAAAGCUAUGAGCAGUUGUCAUAAAUGUAUUCAAGUUUACUAAAAUCCGCAAAGGGUGAGAUCUCCCCUCAGAGCCGAAUGUUUUAUAGUAUCCUGAUCCAUAACAAUAAACACAGAGAAUUUACAUCUAAAUGUAUGUAAUUGUGUUUACAGAUUAUGUAUUUAACCCUAUUGAGUAUAUAUGCCAUGGGAAAUGGUAACUCAAGUUCCUUUUUGAUUAUUCGUAUAUGUUUAUUCCUCUAUCCGUUAAGUUGCUAAUUGUUGUUUAGUUCAUGCAGCCUGUGAAAGAAUGGCUAAAUGGAAAGGAGAGAAUUUCAAGGCAGAAAAUUGAGAUCCGACUGUUGCAGAUCUCAGACUGGCAUUUGAACUAAAUAUUAUUGUUUUAUAUAGCGCCAUCAUAUUCCGCAGCGCUGUAUAAUUGGUAAUCAGGACAUAACAAAAAAUAUUUAACGUAACAAUUUGACAAGCAACAAGUGAGAAGGACCCUGCUCAAAUGACCUUACAAUAUCUCAAAAACACUGAUAAUCAAGUAGCACAAUGCAUAGCUUUUUUUUUUAACAAAUUACUGUUUUUGCUCGAUUAAAGGCCGCACCCGAAUCAGUCCGAGUGGAAUGGUAAAACAGUAUUUUAUCUAAUGAACAGGAAUACAUGUAAUGUAACAUUUUUGGUAUCUAUUAUGCAGUCAGCAAAUGCUAUAUACAAUCAGAAAUUUUAAGGCCCCUAUUAAUUCAUAAUGUACCUUACUUAUAGAUCUGUCACUCUGCCCCCCAGGUAUGCUUUAUAGCGCCCAGAUAUGCCAGACUCCCUGGUGUCUAGCGGGGGCAGCCGGUGGACGUCUGCGCACAUCACACAGAUGUUCACCAGCUGCCAGAGAGGAGGAUCCCUUGCAGCGCUGCGGGGGAUCCUCAUCUCUGGCAGGCGGUGAAACAACCUCCGCUGCUGCUGGCUGGUACUUCCGCUGGGGCUUCUAUGGUGGAGCACGUAGCAUCGCGCAGAAGGAGGACCUGGAUCCUAACCUUGCUGCUUGCUCGCAGCAGUGCUAAAUGAAAGAGAAAAAAUAACACUGCAUGUCCCGGGCAAUACGAAUUGCACAUCCCUGGGCUAAACCCCGAUUAUAGGCUGCACCCCCACGUUGAAGACAAAAAGUGGGGC